AUGUGAAUUGAUCUGUACUCGUCCUUCUCCGCUGCAAAUCAGUACCCCAAAAAUCCAAAACCUCAAUUCUCACUCUCUCACCCCAUGGACACCUUGUCGAGCUCUGUUUCCCCCUUCAAUCUGCACGCCCUUCAACCCUUACAAUCCCGGCCGGAUGGUUAUCACCCAGCCCUCCCUCCACCACAUCGCCGCCACCACCCCCACCUAUCCUCCGCCGCCAAACCCAGCCCAUCAAUCUCUUCUUUCUCUCCCGACAACAACAACAACAACAACCACGACCUGAUCUUCACCUCUACUUCUUCUUCUUCUUCUUCUUUCCCAGUGGUCAAGAACACCGCCAAUCCAUUGCUCUUCCACCACCGAGCUGCCACCGGAUACGCGGCAGCUCUGCUUGACGCAGCCCGGUGCAACAACUCGCUUCAGGCGGCCCAGAGGGACGUUAAGAGGUUCGCGAAGUUGCUGAAAAAGGAGCAGCUUCAAGGUUUUUUGAGCGACCCAUUUGUGGAUGAGAAAGAGAAGGGACGAGUGUUGAAGGAAGUGGCGGAGAGAGGGAGGUUUCACGGGCAUUUGGUGGCUCUGAUGAAGAUGCUGGUCGAGAGAAGCAAGCUGAAGGGGCGGGUAGGGGUGUUGGUGGGGGAGACGCUGGCUGAGUUUCAGAGAAUCUAUCUCCAGUUGGUUUGGGAGUGCCAAUCAGCUUAAUUAGUCAUUUGUAGGUAGCCCUGUUUGUUUGUAUUCUCUAAUUAAUGUGGUCAUGGACCAUAAUGAUGUGAAAACCUUCCUGCCCUUUUAAUUAAUUUGAAUGGUUUUGUUUUUCAUAGAA